AUGCCAUCGGCAUACAAAAGCAAGGGCAAAGGCCGCGAUGCGCGUCGAUCGCAAAGCCGAAACCCCACCCCGUCCACCACGGGUGCGCCGACGGCCGUACCUUCGCUCCCAAGCUACCUCGAAAAUGACGUGACAAAGCUCAUUGAUGUGGCCAAUGGUCAAUAUACGGAGCUACUGGAGUUAGUUGCAGCUCCAAAUAUACCCGAUUCCAAGACAUUGGAAACUCUCGUGGAGCAUCUGAACAAUCUCAGCGAUAUGGCGGAUACCCGUGGAGAGGUUUUUAACGCGGGGAUGAGGGAAAUGUCACAGAAGCGCAAGGAAGUCAUGGAGGAUCAGGAACUUAGUCAUGAGGUAGCAGACCGCGCAAAACUGAAGCGCGAGACAGAAGACGAUGAUGACCCGAUUCAUAAAGGAAAAGUGAAGAAGCGCAAGGACCGCGCGAGCCUCAAGGAGGAGCGACCUUUAAGCCACGGAGCACAUGAAAUCAGCCGCCAGGACGGCGCAGAAACAAAAGUUGAAGGUGCGGCUUCUCCAGUAUCCAAGCAUUCGAAAAACCCGGCUUCCGACGGGAGUUCCUCCCUAUCCCCUCCCUCCAUGUUGUCUCCAAACGGCGCCACUACCGGAAAUGAUGGCGCUGAGGCGGCUGAUUCCCCGGAAUCCGACUCGAGCGACUCCUCUCACCAGCCCGAGCCCCAGCCAGCUGUGCCAAAUGUUCAGGUCUUUGGAAGCAAUCCACUGAAAUUCGAUGACCCCACCAUCUACCACAUUCGAGACAUCGUCCCCGGAAUGAGCGAUGACGAGAAGAAGGAAAUCUACAGUGUCGCUCACUUUCCCAAGAGCGACCUCUCCCACAUGCUUGGUGGUGUAGCCCCGGACAAGGACUUCAGCAAUGCCAAGCCCACCAACCAAGUCAAUGUCAAUACUUUCCUGGCCUUCAUCGAACCUUACGUUCGGCCCCUCAUGGAGGAAGACAUUGCUUGGUUGCGGGAAAGAGGAGAUCGCGUGACGCCUUUCAUGAACCCGCGCCGGGGAAAGAGAAGCUAUCGUCAGGUCUGGGCGGAAGAGGACGGUCUAUCUUACGACCAGAGCCAGGAUGACAAAGACCAACUCCCGUUGAAUCAAGGUCGUGGCAGUAUCGAACAAUUGACCGAUGACAAAAUGGAGAGCAACGAGGUUUCAAUUGGACCACUGCUUAGUCGCCUGUGUUCCCUUCUGCGGUACGAGCAUCGGACUCUUCCAGAUGACAAGGAAAAUGCAAAUUCAACGAACGACGAUACAUCUGGCCUAGCAGGGCCAAGCGGGGAUGCAAUGGAUCUAGAUCAACUGCCCAGCGGGCCAGGGCCGGACAUGGAAACCAAGCAAGACAGCAAAACUCUCCCACCAGCAACAGCCUUCCGCGAUGCCAAUCCCAAUGAAUUUAAAACCUCGGUUGCCAAACUCGACCACGCACAACUUGACGAACGCGCCAAGGCCGAAUUGCGCUACAUUGGAUUCCUUGGACCCGAAGACAAUCCGGAUUACGAUGCUCACUACGACGAUGAGGUAGCCGAGCGCCUCCGCCUUCUCCAGGGCGAAUUAAAAAAGCAAAUCGUUAGCAACAAUGCGCGCAAAGCCCGAAUCCUCAAGAUCGCUCAAGAUCACAUGGCCCUUCUCGAGUUCACAACCAUUCAGGAUGACCUCGACUCUCAGGUCCAGCAGGCCUACCUUAAGCGUACACGCACCAUGGGCAAGAGCAAGAAGGGUGCACAGGCCAAACACCGGCCUGGUGGUGCAGGCGGUGGCAGCCAUGUUGCUGCAGGUGUCUCACGGCCUGCUGUUGGGGAUGCAGCGAAGAUUGUUAUGGAUCGCCGCAAGCGCUGGAACGAUGCUUUCCUUCCUAUAUUCGAGGAUAUCAAGACAACUAUCCCAUCGGAGGGAGAGACUAUCUUUGAUCCCUCCACCAUGGCUGAAUAUGAGAAGGCCGAGCUGGAGAAUUGGGAUGAGGAGUAA